AUGCUCUCAGGGCACCGAUCCCGGCUCACAGCUGCUGUCUGGGGCACCAGCGGUGGCCAUGGGGCUGUGCUGGGGUUUUUUGGGCUGGAACCUCGUCGUAAUGGCAAGAAAUGCACAGUCGCCCUUGCAGUCGCCCUUGCAGUUGUGUCCUCAGCUUUCAUCGCUACUGUUUCAUCAGUGCUCCUAAUCACAAAAUCUUCAGAUGAUCCAGUCUCCUGCGUUCUCCUGUCUCCGGGGCCCCCUUUAAUCCCCUCUCGGGGGCCCCCUUCUGUCCCCAGCUGCCUGGAGGGAUGGGUCGGAUACCGAGGGAAAUGCUACUAUUUCUCAAACGAAGAAAAGAACUGGGAUUCUAGCCAGCACUUCUGCUCUUCGUUCAAUGCUUCCCUGGCAGUGAUUGACACCCAGCAGGAAAAGGAUUUCAUGAUGCGCUAUGCAAACCUCGCUGAGCACUGGAUUGGCCUCAGAAGAGAAUCAGGCCAGCCCUGGAAAUGGGUGAACGGAACUAUAUUCAGCCAGCAGCUAUUUGAAGUAAGAGCAGAAGGGGAUUGCGCAUAUUUGAGUGAUGUCUUCGUGAGCUCUUCAAGGUGUUAUUCUCUGAGAAAUGGGAUCUGCAGCAAACCUGAUGCAUAUAAAAAGGGAAAGGAAAAUGCAAUGGAGCGGGACUAUGUACACGUUUAACUGGUUAACCGAUAAGCUUGAUGCUUAUCAGUAGGGCCCUACCAAUUUCACACCAUGAAAAUGCAUCAUAGACUAUGAAAUAAGCCUUUUCCCGUGAAAUCUGAUGUCUCCUUGUUCCUAGGAGCGCCCCAGCAAAGGGCUGCUCCGAGGGCGGGGAGGGACCAGACCAGAUGCAUCUCCGGGUGUCUUCUCCUGGUGCAGGAGACAUGUGGCGUUGGAUCAUAUGUUCCCCUGUCCUGCUGGG